AUGGGGGUUGUGAAAGGGGAAAAGGUAUCAUUCGAGGACGCCCUGAAUAUGACGGGGUUCGGCAAAUUCAAUUACUUAAUGCUGGCGCUUAAUGGGGCCAUAAUAAUGGGUAUGGCGUUCGAAAUAUUCUCGGUUUCGUACUUGGUGCCGGCGAGCGCGUGCGAGCUUGAGACAGUCAGUUCACAGCAGGGAAUGAUGGCAGGAACCCCCAUGUUUGGUAUUAUUGUUUCGUCCCAUUUUUGGGGUUAUAUGGCUGACACGAAGGGCAGAAGGCGCAUUCUUUGCUGGUGCCUGUCUCUCGGCUUCUGCACUGGUGCCCUCGCUACAUUGUCACCCAAUUGGAUUGUAUUUACGCUGCUGAAGUUCGCAUCUUCAUGUGGAGUUGCGGGCACGUAUGCUUUAGCACUUGCCCUACUCAGUGAGUGCACGCCAGAGAGAAACCGAUUCACAUUGAUAGCCCUUACGAGCAGCAUUUUUCUUGCAAGCACUGGGCUCAUGGCUGUUAUCUCCAUACCCAUCCUUCCUCUGAAGUUCUCAUAUUAUAUUCCAUAUCUGAACAUCCAUUUCAACUCCUGGCGGCUGUUAAACAUCAUCUACAGUCUUCCAUGUGCUUUGGGUGCAUUGGGGUUGCUGUUAUCCCACGAGAGUCCGAAGUAUUUCCUUAGCGUUGGGAAAGAAGAUAAAGCGUUGCAAGUAUUAAGAAGGAUUUAUGCUAUUAACCAUGGAGAAGAAAAGGAGUUUAAGGUGAAAUCGGUGUCUUUAGAUGAGGAGAGUGUUGCAAAUAAAGUUCAGGGCAUUUGGUCAUCAAUUGUCUCUCAAACGGUGCCAUUACUUAAGCCCCCUUUAUUACGGAAUACCUUACUUCUCUCACUGUUGUUUGUCUUAGUAUAUUUUUGCUUGAACCCCUACAUGAUGUGGUUACCUUAUGUGGCUGACGGUAUAAUGCGGUCAAUGGAAAGGGGGGAGAACAACUUGACGUUUUGCCAGAUGCUGCAGACCUCUUUAGAUGCUUCCACGGAACAGACAGCGGACUGCGGCUUGAACAAAACGGCUAUGACUAUGGUGUUCUCCAUCAACUUGUUCCUGGCAAUACUGAACUGCGUGCUGAGUGCCAUCGUGAAUUGCUGCGGAAGAAGAACGCUCCUGAUUUCUAUUCAGUUGUUCUCGGGUGUGGCGGGGCUGUUCAUCAAUUUAAGCACCAAUUGGGUGCUCAGUCUAGUCUUGUUCAUUGCGUUUGUGUCGGGGGUCCUUAACUUUGGCUUCCUCUCGACCUUCAGCGUUGACAUUUUCCCAACAUACGUCAAAGCGAUGGCAGUUUGUCUUACACUAAUGGUCGGUCGCGGUAGCUCGGUUCUAGGCAUCAAUAUACUGAAACAGUUGUUAGUGACCAAUUGCGAGCUGUCGUUCUACAUAUUCGCGGGGCUAACGUUUGUUGGUGGAAUCAUUGGUUUUCUAUUACCUGCAGACGUCAGGAGGAAGAAGGCGCCGGCCCCA